UCUGCCGUCCGGGGGCGGUCUGGGGGAAACACAGCCUCCUCACUCUUCCUGCUGAUGCAAUCUGCGAGAGAGCCCGCGAUCUCGGCGGCGGGAGGGCGCGGCUGCAGUCCCGCCCGCCACGUGUCGCCGCCGCCACCCCGCGCUGCCCGGGGCAUCCAUUCCCGCCGCCGCCGCCGCGCGCUCCAGCCGCCCGCGCACCCCGCCCGCGCCUGGGACGCAGCCGGCUCGCCCUCGGCGCGGUCGCAGCGGUCCCCACGGCCCACGGAACCAUGAAGGACUGCAAUAACGGAUGCUCCCCAGAAUGUACUGGAGAAGCGGGAUCAAAGGAGGUGGUGGGGACUUUCAGGGCCAAAGAUCUAAUAAUCACACCAGCCUCCAUUUUAAAGGAAAAACCAGACCCAAGUACUCUGGUUUUUGGAACUGUGUUCACGGAUCACAUGUUGACAGUGGAGUGGUCCUCACAGUGUGGAUGGGAGAAACCACGUAUCAAGCCUCUUCAGAACCUGUCCUUGCACCCUGGCUCCUCAGCUUUCCACUAUGCCGUGGAGUUGUUUGAAGGACUGAAGGCAUUUCGAGGAGUAGAUAAUAAAAUUCGACUGUUUCGGCCAGACCUCAACAUGGAUAGAAUGCACCGAUCUGCUGUGAGGGUCACUCUGCCGGUAUUUGACAAGGAAGAGCUUUUAGAGUGUAUUAAAGAGCUUGUGAAAUUGGAUCAAGAAUGGGUCCCCUAUUCAACAUCUGCUAGUCUGUAUAUUCGUCCCACGUUCAUCGGAACUGAGCCUUCUCUUGGAGUCAAGAAGCCUACCAAAGCCCUGCUCUUUGUAAUCUUGAGCCCAGUGGGGCCUUAUUUUUCAAGUGGAACCUUUAAGCCGGUGUCCCUUUGGGCCAAUCCGAAGUACGUGAGAGCCUGGAAAGGUGGGACUGGGGACUGCAAGAUGGGAGGGAAUUACGGCUCAUCCCUUUUUGCCCAAUGUGAAGCCGCGGAUCAUGGCUGUCAGCAGGUUCUGUGGCUCUAUGGAGAAGAUAAUCAGAUAACUGAAGUUGGAACUAUGAAUCUUUUUCUUUACUGGAUAAAUGAAGAUGGAGAAGAAGAACUGGCAACUCCUCCACUAGAUGGCAUCAUUCUUCCAGGAGUGACGAGGCAGAGCAUUCUGGACCUGGCACACAAGUGGGGUGAAUUUAAGGUGUCAGAGAGGUACCUCACCAUGGAUGACUUGACAACAGCCCUGGAGGGGAACCGGGUGAGGGAGAUGUUUGGCUCUGGUACAGCCUGCGUUGUUUGCCCAGUUUCUGAUAUACUGUACAAGGGUGAGACCAUACACAUCCCAACUAUGGAGAAUGGCCCAAAGCUUGCAAGUCGGAUCUUGGACAAAUUGACAGAUAUUCAGUACGGAAAAGAAGAGAGCGACUGGACAAUCAUAGUGUCCUGAGUGGAAAAUACAGGAUAUCAUCUGUGUGCUGUUGAGACAGACUGUUGCAACUGAAUUACAACAGAUUUCUUUAGUUACCUGUUUUUAGUUGUGCAUAGUGUAGUUUGUAUUGUCGGUGUUACCUGGGUGAUUGUUUCCUCAUGCUAGAGAAGACGAAUUGCAAUCAAGAGCUAUUUUGUAAACUUGGUAGCAGAAGCUUACUUUACCUUCUCUUGGAAAGAUGAUCAUGUAAGCCAUAUAGCAUAGAAUUUUCCUCAAUAAUCGUAGUGCCUCCCUUAAUACUUUACUCAGAUACACAGGUAUUUGUUUAUUCCUUAGCAUAAGUUACAUUUUCCUCAACCAAAUGAGUUUGUGUUUGAAAACUGAUCUGAGUAAAUUUCAUGGGUAACAUUUCCUAUGAUGUGUCUUCAUCUUCAGAAAA